AUGGGGUAUUGUCAGGGUAGUACGGGUACGGAGUCGGCCAACGUAGCGUUGGCAUCGGCUUCAUCAGCAGUGGGGAUGAGAUCUUCUGUUGCUGGCGUAGCAUCAGCCGAAGUGACGUGGGGGAAGGCACACGCGCGAUCGUAG